UCACUGGAUGAGAGAAGACUGGAAUCAUGUCGGAGUUUUGGUUAAUUUCUGCCCCUGGCGACAAAGAAAAUUUACAAGCUCUGGAGAGGAUGAAUACUGUAACCGCCAAGUCCAACCUGUCUUUUAAUACCAAGUUCGCUAUUCCUGACUUCAAGGUGGGGACCUUGGAUUCCCUGGUUGGCCUCUCCGAUGAGUUGGGGAAACUCGACACCUUUGCUGAAAGCCUCAUAAAGAAGAUGGCUCAGAGCGUGGUGGAAGUCAUGGAGGACUCCAAGGGCAAAGUCCAGGAGAACCUCCUGGCCAACGGAGUUGACUUAACAUCUUUUGUGACCCACUUUGAAUGGGACAUGGCCAAAUAUCCUGCAAAGCAACCGCUUGUGAGCGUGGUGGACACUCUAGCAAAGCAACUGGCCCAGAUCGAAACAGACCUGAAGUCCCGGACAGCCGCCUACCACACUCUGAAGAUGAGCCUGGAGAAUGUGGAGAAGAGAUCUAUGGGCAACCUCUUCACCCGGACCCUGAGCGAUAUUGUGAACAAAGAAGACUUUGUGCUGGAUUCAGAAUAUCUCAUCACACUCCUGGUCAUCGUCCCCAAACCAAACUACACACAGUGGCAAAAAACCUACGAAUCUCUGUCGGACAUGGUGGUCCCUCGGUCGACCAAACUGAUUGCUGAGGACAACGAGGGUGGCCUCUUCACUGUGACUUUGUUUCGAAAAGUGAUUGAUGAUUUCAAAACCAAGGCCAAAGAGAACAAGUUCACUGUGCGUGAAUUUUACUAUGAUGAAAAAGAAAUUAAAAGGGAAAGGGAAGAGAUGUCCAGAUUGCUGUCUGAUAAGAAGCAACAAUAUCAAACUUCCUGUGUUGCUCUUAAAAAGGGAUCAUCUACCUUCCCGGACCACAAGGUUAAGGUAACCCCGCUAGGUAACCCCGCUAGGCCCGCUGCGGGGCAGACCGACAGAGAGAGAGAGAGUGAGGGCGAGGGUGAGGGCCCCCUGCUGCGCUGGCUCAAGGUGAACUUCAGUGAGGCCUUCAUUGCCUGGAUCCACAUCAAGGCCCUGAGAGUGUUCGUGGAGUCCGUGCUCAGGUAUGGACUGCCAGUGAACUUCCAGGCAGUGCUCCUGCAGCCACAUAAGAAGUCAUCCACCAAGCGCUUAAGAGAGGUUCUAAACUCUGUCUUCAGACAUCUGGAUGAAGUGGCCGCUGCAAGUAUACUGGAUGCAUCAGUAGAGAUCCCUGGAUUGCAACUCAGUAACCAAGACUAUUUUCCCUAUGUCUACUUCCAUAUCGACCUGAGUCUUCUCGACUAGAAAGGUCAGCUGGCAUCAAGUCUCAUGUUCAAUGUAGACUACAGCAGACGCCGCAAUCCCUUAGCCAGAGAAGAGUUCAGAUGUUCUACAUAGAUUUUUCAGAUAAAUUGCUCACAGAAGUUAGUUACAGUUGUAUUUAUUUUUUUUAAGUUACAAUAAAAUACUCUCAAGUCC